UUCAGCGCAUGCGCGACCGCGAAACCUCCUGGGAUUUGUAGUUCACCAGAGCCCUGGCCGGUUUGCUGGGAUGUUUGUGAGGUUGAGAGGCUACAGUUCAUGUUGGCAGCUGCUGUUCAAUGGUGGCUUCCUGAAGCCAGUAACCUGUUGGAGUCAAGAUGUGAGCAGAUAUGGUGUAGCAGCACUGGGAUAUGCCAGCUCCCUGAGUAUAGGGCACCCAGGAGCGAAAGCUCACAGGAUCAGGGAAGGAAAGAGAUGGCAUUUACAGUCUGCAUCUGUGAUCACUGAUUGCAGCCAAAAGAUCUUCAAUCGCAUGAGCACUAACCAAUUAUGCUGUUCCUCCACCAAUGGAGAGGAAUUGCUCACUGACAGCUUAACUAUCCCGCCAGCUCGGAUCACUGAAACUCCAAACUGUCCAUUGGAAAGUGUGCAAUUUAUUCCGCAGUUAACAAUCUGCAAACCACCAAGUCAGUACAAGAGAAAGAAACUGCAGUUCCAAGCUGAGGAAAGGCGAUUGAGGAUCCGCAGCAUUUGCCAUCUGGCUCCCAGAGUUGUGUACAUUAGUCCGGGCAGUUCGACACUCCUGAACCACAGGCCAUUCUCACAGUCCACCUCAGAUAGAAGUUCAGGGAGACCAGUAGGGAGCCCUCAGAUCAAACUCCAGACCAAGUUCAUGGUGACGUGCCUCUUUGGGGCUGCAGUAAUGGGAUUGUGGUUCUAUGUCCACUUGGAAAAGGAGCAGCAGCAAAAGAUGAGACGCCAGGAGCAACUAAAGAAGCUAGCACUUGGUCAAGGCGACUUCAACUUGCUGGAUCAUACUGGAAGAUCCAGAACCAAGAAGGACUUCCUUGGUCAGUGGGUGCUGCUGUACUUUGGGUUCACCCACUGCCCCGACAUCUGUCCCGAUGAGCUGGAUAAGAUAUCCAGCGUGGUGCAGAUCUUAGACAAGGAGAGAGCGCUACCUCCAGUCCAACCCAUCUUCAUCACAGUCGAUCCAGAGAGAGACGGGGUGGAGGAGAUGGCAAGAUACAUCAAGGAUUUCCACUCUCGCAUGAUGGGGCUGACCGGGACUCCAGAACAGAUUAAGGAGCUGGGCAAGGCAUUCCGGGUAUAUUACAGUGCUGGUCCCAAGGAUGAAGACAAUGAUUACAUUGUGGACCACACCAUCAUUAUCUAUCUUCUAAACCCAGAUGGGCUUUUCACUGAUUACUACAAUAGGAAUAAAAGUGACCAGGAAAUUGCUGAGAGUAUCCGCAGCCACAUCAAAACCUACAAUACUCUCUUCAGUUGAUGACAAGAGGUUCUUGGAGAAUGUUUGUGCCUGCAGCAUCAGUUACAGGAGUGGAACUUGUUAAAAGGAUGCUUGCCCACCCCACCCUGUCAGACAUAGGAUCAAAGGGCCAAAACUAUCACUGAUUACAACCUUUCACCUUAUGCUGCAAUGCUGUGCCAAACCCAACCCCAACUCAAUUGAAUGGAAGAGUUUGACAGUAACCAUCACUUAACAGGUUUAACUAGCUGAUGGGUUAGAAUUUCAGACUGUGCAGGAUAAUAAAUGAUCCUUCAUUUAACACUUGUAGAAAAUCUGGAUGUCAACUUGCAGUUCAGUGCAGGAUCAAUUUAAUAACCGGAAGUGUGAAUGCCAGACAUUGCUGCUCACAUGUUGUGUGAGUGGGGAUAGGCAGGGGGGUUGUUUUGAGUACCCCAUUAAUAAAUUCCACUGUAACUGCUUGGAAUGGCCCCGUGCUGAAGCCUAAUUUUAAUUUGCCAACUUAGUUGUUGUAAAUUAAUCUCCAAUAACAAUAUAAGAAGGAAGACUUGCAUAUAUAUCAUAUCUUUCAUGACCUCAGAUCAUCCCAAAGUGCUUUACAGCUGAAGUACUUUUGUAUUGUAAUGUAAGAAAUGCAGCAGCCAAUUUGCUUACAUUAAGCUCCCUAAAAAAAGUAAUGUGAUGAUGAUCAGGUAAUGUUUUUUAUGAUGUUGAUUGAGGAAUAAAUAUUGGUCACGACACCAGGGAUAAAUCUCUUUCUCUUCUAUGAAAUAGCCCACCUGAGAGGGCAGAUGGGACCUCAGUUUAAUACCUCAUCCAAAAGAUUGCAUCUCCAACAGUACAGCACUCCCUCAGUACUGCACUGAAGUGUCAGCCUUGAUUUUUGUUCUCAAGUCUUGAAGUGGGACUUGAAUCCACAACCAUCUGACUAAGGCAACUGAGCCAACACUGACAUUGGCAAAAGCCACACUUCCUGGGCAAAUGUGUCUAGAAGUGUCAGAAUGAAUGUUUAGUCAUUUAAAUCCAUGCUAGUGUAGAUGGGCACAUCAGGCACUGGGGAGUGUUUGGUUUUGCUCUAUGACAAAUAUUGUCAGUGCUUGUUUAUUAAUUAUGUGAAUUGGUCAUUACUUCACAGCAUAUUCCUUUCAUCAGCCCAAUGGGUGUACAGUGCACUCAAUUGGACCCGAGAGUUGAAAUGAUAAGUUGAUCACAACUCCUAUAUGGAAUAGAUUUUUAAAAUAGACAGCCUGUUGGUCAGAAUGGGCAUGCCAACAUUUUCAACUAAAUCAAAACUUAAAUGCAGACAGGAACUAAUGGCAUUAUUACCUAUGUUACAGCUAUUUAGAACAAGACCAAUAUGCACAGCAACAAGAUGGGAGGCCUUGACAACAUUGUAACAAUCUAAAUAACAGUGAAAGAAGCAAUUUUCCCAGUGCUGAAAAUCAUUUGCCUUUGAAGGUUAAGAACAAGGAGUGGGCAGGACUGUGAAACCCAGCACAGGAUGGCAUAGAUUCAUAAUCCAAGAAUUCUGCUCUUCACUAUCUUAGAGGACUGGAUUCGAAAUGAAAAAAUUCCACGAGUCUCUGUGUGAUACACGGUUUAUGCAGGUUGAAGUAUGUUCCCUAAGAGAUAGAAUGUCCAGGUCUCUAUAUUUUUUGUCAUUCCAACAAAUUAUUUUAAUAAAUCACAAUUGAAUUCUGAAUGUAACACAUCCACCAUUGACAAUGUGAACUUGACCAACUGGUAUAUGACAUACUUAUAUAAUGGCUGUUUUCAUCCAGUGUCUGUACACACAAUAAACUGAGAAUAGAUAUGAAA